AAAACUAUUUAUGGAAGAAUUCCGAAACGAACUAGAUAAAGAAAAUUCUUUAUAAAAUUCUAAGUUAAGCUAUUAUAUAUUUUUGAAUUUGCAGCAGAAAUUGUCAAUGAACAAACUUCUUGAAGUUGUAUUUCUAUCUCUUUUGGACUGAUUGCGUUGUUUUUGUAAGGCAGAAGAAAUCAAGUGUGUGAUAAAUACUGACAAAAAGGAAUGUAGAUAAAAAAUUGGGCACAGAAGAAAAAAUAAAUUUACAAUAAACAAAGCGACGGACGAAAGAGUGUGAAAGCAAUUUGGGAGUGCAAAAACAGCACCAAAAUUCAACGUCGACUAUAUUGUCUGAUAUUCGAAGUAUUUUAAUUAAAGUUCAGAAUAAGUUUAAUGCAGCGAAAGAUAUAAGAAGGCAAUAUACGUAAUUCGCAUAAAAAGUAAACUUUGCGUAUAGUUUAAAGAAGAGCAUAAAGAAAGUUGUAUGUGCAGUUGUAUUGGCGCAUAAAACGUAUAAAUAAAUAAUAAAUAGUGAACGCUACAAAUAAAGCAAAAUACCUACAAUGGAUCGCAAUAACGGCUCUAAUCGCUACACACCAAUCCGGCGCGCAGGCCAGCAACAACAUCAAUCAAAUUCGUUAUCAUCACUUUCAUCAUCGAAUAAUAAUCAACAUCAACAACAUUUAGAUAAUCAUCGCAAUAAUUCGUCACAAUAUUCAACGACCAAUCAUAGCGCAUAUUCACCACAAUCAUCAAUGUCCCGCGAACCGCUCACACAACAUGACGAACUGAUUCGAUAUAUCAGGGAAGCAUGGACAAAGGUAAAUGAACAGAAUACGCCCGUAAAUUACUGUAAUGAGUCGGAUCAUCAACUAAAAAAUUUCAAACCUUUUAAUUUGGAGGAGUACUGGGACCAACGGCAUUUUCAAAAUAUUCGUGUAUCACAUGGACAACAAUAAGAUAAUAGAAAUUUAUGCAACAACAACAGCAGUCGUAAAACAAAUUUUUCUUGUUUUAUAUGUUCUGUGUUGUUUGACAUGCAUUGAAAAAUGUUAUUGUAAUACUACAAGUAACACACACGCUACAUAGAACUAUGUAUUUCCAUAAUUGAGAAAAAAUCUGAAAUUUUCUUCAAAAAUCCCGGAUAUUUAAGCAAAUACUUAUUUGAAAGUAAAUUGCGAUAUAAAGUAGUUGUAUUUCUCAAAGCUGAAAUUCUCGUUACAUUGUAGUUAAGAAAGUAUAUUUAAUUACAAUAUAGCAAUUACAAAAAAGAAAAAAAGUAACGAAACGAAAAACCAAAAUUAAGUUAUUUAAAGUAAAAUAGUGUCGUAUGAAUCGUUCAUUCUAUCAAUUAAAAGAUUUCGCAAUAAUAUUAUUAAAUAAAGAAGGGAAUGCAGACGAAAUAUUUCAAAAUUACAAUUAAAGGCAAUAAAAAAUAUAUAAAC